AGCCGCCAUGCCCUGAUAUCGAUAGCGAAACUACCAGAAGCGGACAGAAACAAAACAUUCAGAAGAUCCCCUAAGAAACCAUGGAAACGCUGCAUGGGAGAGAGCUUCCUUUCAUUUAGCCCUGGUCAGGCCACUAUUGGCAUUGGCAUUGGCACGGGGAUAGGAGUAGUCGUAGUCGUAGCACGUCGAGUAGUUGGGUCUUGGUGGAGUUGGGGCUUGAACAACAUCAGCAAAGCCGCUCACGGUCCCAAAAGCUCCUUGGGCGCCCUGGAGGAUCAGAGGAGAGGAGAAGAAAAGGAAAGAAAGGAAAAGAGGGAAAAAAGGAGAGAAGAGAUUAGGAAUUGCUCGACCAGCUCUUACAUAAGUGACGUGCUUGCGUCCAAUUCUUUCUGCAUUCUUGCAGACCCGCCGCAUUCCUCUGAGCCUGACUCUCUCGUCGACAAAAGAACUGGACUACGCGAUUCCUCACAGAACAGACCGCUUCAAUUGCAGCCCCCCAGUUUGCCCCUUGCCCCUCGCCCCGCCAUCUCCAUCUCCAUCUCCAUCUCCGUCUCCGUCUCCGUUGCUGGCAAGUUGUUCGACUUCUUCCUCUUUCCUGUCGUCGGAUUUGGGCGGAUUCGCAUCGUCAUCCACGGCGUAGGGGUAAAGUGUUCCCCCCGCUGCCGCGCACCGUCACCGUUCCGGGGUCUCUUCCAGGGGUGUUGAUCACUAACAGUCAGUCGUACAGCAAGCAGGCAUUAACAGAGUAUUCUUUCAAACUACUACACGAGCUCAUGGACAUUUAACAUCAACCCAAUAUCUUUUGGCUGGCCCGAACAUUUCUCUCCUGGUCUGAAUAUACCCUUCCCCUGUAUCCCGGGCAGUGUUCAACCUGCCUCUAUUCGUCCUGGCCCUGAUCUUGCUGUCGUGAAGCGUCCUACCUUAGACUGUGGAAUUGCAGAGUGCAGGCUCUCGUUUUGGUCUUCUAGCAGCU